AUGACGCAGCCGUUCGCUAAAAUAUCUUCUAUGCUAGAGUCUGCAAGAGACCUCACGAUUGAGGCUGCGGUUUCUGCUUCGUCCAGAUUUGCAGAGACACUGCCUUCGGUUAUGGGGUACCAAGAAGUGAUCAAAUUGCUAAACUCUAGAAAUGAGAGAGAUAUACUCAGUGGAAUGAAGUGUGUGAUGGCACUGAUAUCUAGAGGAGAAAGCUCUACAUCAGGAGCAGAUGAUAACGGAACGGAGGAUGCUCUCCGAUACUUUGGAGAUGUGGUGAAGAACAUAACGUGUGGCAAUACCGUGGUGAAAAAUUUAAUAUUGAUUUAUUUGACCAAGUAUGCCGAGCUUGAGCCAGACACGGCAUUGCUCUCUAUAAACACGAUCCAGAAGUCAUUGAAUGAUAAGAAUCCAAUUACAAGGUAUACAUCGAUUAGGGCCAUGGCCGGAAUUAAGAUCUCGUCGAUUUCUCCCAUUACUUUGCUUUGCAUAAAGAGGACCGUUUCUGAUUUGCAUCCCGACGUUAGAUCUGCCACCGCAAUCGCCAUAGGGAAGUUGUACGGCCUUGAGGAUAUCUCCAGCUCGACAAAGAAACAACUAUUUGAGUUUUUGACCAAACUUUUGUCCGAUAGUAACCCCAUAGUGGUUGGGUCAGCAUUGAAGACUUUCUACCAAAUCAAGGAUAGUGUGUUGACGUCGUCCAUCAGUCAGUCCUUGGAAAAGAAGAAAUGGAAUGUCUUACACGCACUGUUCAGGAGGCUCUGCAGGCUUUUACCAACACUAGACGAAUGGAGUCAAUCGUUCUUGAUCGAUAUCUUGACUGAAUACAGUAGGCUCUUCUUACCCAAACCUAAGAUUUACAGAGAAGGCGGAGAAGUAUCGGACUAUGAUCAGCUAUCCGCGCAGGAUAAUAUAGACAAUUAUGAAGUGUCAAUGGAUGCAGACCUCCAACUUUUCAUUGAUUCCUUGAAACCUUUAAUCUACACUAACUCAGAGUUUGUCAUUUUAAGUAUUUCCAAGGCAUUAAUGUCCUUAGCACCACCCAAGACGUACCAGCAAAUGCAGUUGGUUCCAGUCACCAUAAGAUUAAUUUCACCUACAUCUAACUUCCAAGUGGCUUAUUUUGCAUUACAAGCUAUUCGAAGCGUAGUUGUUCAGAAUAGAUUUAUAUAUGAGCACUACUUCAAAAGGUUUUACAUCUACCCUGAUGAUUUACCUUCCAUAGCCCAGUUGAAGCUUGAAAUUUUAUCGAUGUUGGCUAAUGAAUCAAAUAUGCCUUUAAUUUUUGAAGAAUUGAAAAGCAUUGUAUUCAACUCGAACUCCAACUUGAUUGCAAAACAAGCACUCGUUUGUAUUGGUAGAUGCUCUCAAAUAUCUGACGUUUGGAACCAGAGGAUAUUGAAAUGGUGCUUGAAGCAAAUUACUAAAACAGAGGGUUUAAUACUUGAUGAGUUACUCACGAGUAUACGAUAUCUUGUACAAACAAAAAACCACACAACUGCUAAUGACAGUCUUGCCAAAACAAUUUAUCGUCUAUCACUAUUGAUAACGAACAGUGAUAAUAAAAUAGAUAGUGAAGCAAAGGCUAGCAUUAUCUGGAUAAUUGGAGAAUUUACUAAUCAUACAUAUAAUCAGAUUGGGCCAGACGUCCUUAGGGUAUUAAUUCCCAAUUUCGCUAACGAAGCUGAUAUAGUUAGAUAUCAAGUGUUGGUCCUUUCUGCAAAAAUAAUGGCUUUUGAGUUAGAAGCAAUAGUUGGCGAGAAUGAAAUCAAGUACUUCUUUGAAGAGAAUAUUCAUGCGAAAAUGUUCAGUCACAUCUUGCAAUUAUGUAAAUACGACAAUAGUUACGAUACUAGAGAUAGAGCAAGAAUGCUAAGCAUUUUAUUAUCAGGACAACACCAUGAAUCAAAAUUAGCAACUUUAUUUUUACAGGUUCCAAAGAAUGCACCUUUGAUAGGCUUCAGAAAUGGGGAUGGGAAGAACACAAAUUUGGCUAAUUCUUCGGAAAUAUUCCAAUCAUAUUACAAGAAAAUUCCUGAUUGGGCAGAUCCUUCUGGACAUCCAGCAGCUUCUGUUCGUAAAGAAAUUUUAAGUAAGUUGAAUGGAGGAAACGAAAAUGUGGUUACUUCUAUUUCUUCUCAAAACUUUUUGAGCAAAUCACAAUCUCCAAUUCCAAUUUCGGAACAUGCUUUUUCAUCCAAGGAUUUUCAACUGGGUGUUCCCAAAAUUACUCCUAAGGAGACCUAUAGACUUCAAAGUUUAGAUGAUUUCUUUGGGAAUGAAGAUGAGGAAGAAGAAGAAAGCGAUGAAGACGACGACGAGGACGACGACGAUGAAGAUGAAGAAAGUGACAAUAGCGACGAAAUAGAGGAAAGCGAUGAAGAUGAGGAUGACGCUGUUGAAGAAGAAGAUGAAGGAUAUGGGCAAGCGGAAGUAGAUGGGAAUCCCGACGAGGCUAAUCCGACUAGUUCUGAUAGUGAGGAUUCGGAUACCGACAGUUCUACCACCAAUCAUUUACUUCGCAAGUAA